UCAGUGUGCACACGUUGCCACGCCGGUACACGUUAAAGUAAUGUAAGUCCCACUAAGAGACAGUUCUUUUCUUAUUUUCACCAGAUUAAUUGACUGGAACGAGAAAUUACCAAGACAAGCUCAAUGUUGACGAUAAAACCGGGACUGAAAACGUGGAGGGAGACUCAGUAGCAGCUAAAUGGCGUUUUAUAUCCGUGGAACCGACGUCUGGUUUGCAAUUCUGCAUUCAAAGAGUUCUCCAAUAACUCUCGAAGUACAGGACAGACCUGCAGUCAUGGCAGGCAAGGGUCGUGGGGUGGCUGCCUUUACCUUCAACAUAGAGGCCCUGGGCAUCGGCAGAGGCAACAUGCCAGAAGCCAGGGUGGGGCCCAGCCCGCUGUAUCCAAACACAGAUUUUAAACCAGUCCCCCUCAAAGUUGGUGAAGAUGAAGACUACAUGCUGGCCCUGAAGCAGGAAAUGAGAGGCACGAUGCAGCGGCUGUCUUACAAUAUCAAAGCAGAGUCCGGCAGAGCAGACGUGGAGAAAUACACAGAGCGAUACCUGAAGCAGCACCAGAAGGAAGAUGAGGCAUGGACUCCAGACUGGAACCUUUUUCCAAAAGAACUGAUGCCCCGAACAAAAAAACCUCGAACAAAAGUCACGAAGAAUAAAAAAAGUGGAAAAGGUUCAAGCAUAGAGGCAGCGGAUGUUCUGAGCAAAUUGGAUGAACUGGAAAAGAAAGAUGACGGAAAUGCGGAAAAGUCAGACGAUGAGCCAGAGAAGAAAACAAAAAACGAGGACGAGGAAGAAAUAGAGGAGGAGGAAUAUGAGGAAGAAGACAUCGAAGAGGACAACGACUACAUUGAGAGCUAUUUUGACAACGGCGAAGAUUUUGCUGCCGGCAGCGACGACGACAUGGAUGGAGAAGCAACAUACUGAAGCGACGGGGCUCCCACGCA